AUGCGCUGCCACGCAUGGAAGCAGGGAAACACCUUGAACAACUGCGGAAGUCACCAGGAAGAGGCGGAGGUAGAAGAGAAAGCCGGACGGAAUGGGACCCACGAGGCGCCGGGAUGGCAAGAGUCGGGCCGCGGCCCUCGCCUUCGUCAGCUCUUCGGAGGCUACAGAGGGCAAGACAUCUGGGGCAUCUUGCGGAAGACGAAGUCCAUGGAGGAUGGCCAAGGCUUCCUGAGCUUUGAAGAGUCUUCACCUCAGCCCAGCAUGCUAUUCCUGUGGGAUAUCUUUAGCCAGCAGAAUGCGAACCCAGCAACCGCCUUUGUGGGAACCAAACUUGGCGAGGCGCGCUUCCUUCAUGCCGUCUUCGAUGCAUCUGGGAGAGGUCUAGGCCGGGAGGGAUCCACUCAUGAUCUGUCCGGCUCUUGA